UCUUAUCAUUUGAACUUCAGUAUUAUUCCAACACAGUACUUUUUUUCGCAACAAGUAUUUUUUUAUUUUUUUGUUUUUUUAAUUUUUAUACAAAUAACUCCCCCAAAAACCUGCUUUAUGUUAAAAGAAAAAAAUCCCGACAAACCAAUUACCAUGAGUAAAAUCCUUACAAAAGAAUCAAACCCAUCCGAUGUUAAUAAAUGUGCUCCUGCAAAUCUAAAAACAACAACAAACUCAAAUAAAGAUAAAUCCGAAUUGGUUACCCAAUGGAUUAAUACAUCUUCCUUUAACGACGACGAUGACGACGGAGAAUCAUCAAUAUUCUCCGAUAGCACUGCUGUGUCAUCGUCUGUUGUUGAUAGUGAUUAUGAUAUUGGUUCUUUAAGUUUACAAGAUCAUUCUUCAGAUUCACGAAAAAUGAGUGUAACUAGCUCAUCAAACAAUACAUCAUCUUUUCCAAGUCAAUCGGAUGUUCUUCAACAUAUUUUUAAUAAAGAUAGUAGCAUACAAACUGUUGGCAAUGUCCAUAUCGAAAACUCUAGCCAAGUCCACAUUGGCAAUGUCACAUACAUAACCGGACCCAUUCACAUUAUUAAUCCAAAUCAAGAGCAUAUAUCGAAGAUCUUUAAUAGCACUAAGAAUGUUCCUUCUCCUUCAACUCACCACAAUAAACCAAAUGUUUCUGUCGAUCCAGAAGAAGAUGAAGAAUCAUCAAAAGAUGAUGCUUUUUUAAGGGAUAAUAUAAGACCUAGAAUGGCGGAACAUGUUUUACACAUUGUCGAACGACGGAGAUGGCUCGCACAGAAACCAAUGGAACCAUAUCAGAAAUUAGCUGCUCCAGCUGAAUUUGUCAUAAUUUCACAUUCUGCCACCGAAAUGGCAACUUCAAUGCCAGAUAACAUUUUCCUUAUAAGAAAUAUUCAAUGCUUUCAUAUUGAAUCUUGUCGAUGGAAUGAUAUAGCUUAUAAUUUUAUGAUUGGAAAUGAUGGUAACAUUUAUGAAGGGAGAGGAUGGGGUCAUGUUGGUGCACACGCAAAAGGAUACAAUCAUAUAUCUGUAGGCAUUUCAUUUAUUGGAUGCUUUAUGCGAGAUCUACCGCCUGCGAGAAGUCUGGCAGCGUGUAAAAAAAUCAUAAAAAGGGGCGUCGAGCAAGGAUAUAUUGCACCAGAUUACAAAUUAAUUGGCCAUUGCCAAUGCACUCCAACAGAAAGCCCCGGAAGAAAACUUUAUGAAGAAAUACAAACAUGGGACCAUUUCACAGCAGAUAUUGACAUUUAAGUAAAAAUAACUACUUUCGUACUAAGAAAAUUUGAUGCAUUUGUAUAUGUGAAUUUUUGAUCAUAUGAUUGAAAUUUAAAGUUUUAUGUUUUAUUUGUGUUGAACACAUUAAACUAAGUCUGUUGAUAAGUUUUUUAAAAACAUAACAAAAAAAAUAAGAAGAUUUUUUUUUAAUUAAUUACAAUUAUAUUUGAUAUAUAUGUAUUUUAUUUAUAUUUUUAUUUUAAUCAAUUAUAAAAAAACAUGUGAUAAUUUUUUUUAUCAAUUCUCACAUUCACAGAGCUUAAUAAAUGUAUACUUUUUUUUAUUAAAUAA